CAGCUAUAUAAGUGAUGAUGAAGCUCUCCUUGUACUUUCUCCAUCAACAUGGAUCUAAAAGCUGUGGUUUUCUUCAUCUGCCUGGCUGCUCUGUGUCUCACUUCCACUGAGGCGGGCAUCCCAAAAUGCUGUCUCCAGACAGCAAAGAAAAUCUCAGCUCACAUGCUGUCGAAGGUGGAGAAAUGGGAAGUUCAGCAAAACAACGGUGUAUGUUUCAUCCAAGCCCUUGUGUUGUAUAUUAGAGGUCGCAAGAAGCCUGUAUGUGCAGAUCUGGGGAUCAAGAGAUUGCUCAAGAGAAGGCUGAGAGUUGGAUCAAACCGUGCUGUCUGAAUCCUUCUGGAUUCCAUUUCCAUACAUAUGGUUGUUCAACUGUAUGAGCUGUAUCAUGUCUUAUAUACGUCUUUGCCAUGUUGUAGUCUUACAUGGGCCUACGCCUUAAAACGUUGUAGCGCUUUUGUGUUUCUUUUGUGUAGCCUACGUUCGUGAUUGCAUUUGUUUUUGUACUCUCUCGCUCUAGGUUUCUGCAUAGAUAUCUGUUUCUAAUAAAAUAGUUUGUGCCCAGGGCUGGAUUGAUUUAUUAUGACUGGCUUGGGCCUCCUCAUGGCGCAGCAUGUUUGGGCUUACUGCCGCGGUUACGCUGGCUCCACGCUCCAUUGGCUGCUGUUAAGACCUGCAUUUCCCUUAGGUGAUGAAUUAGUGGUUAUCCUAUCCUAUGCUUGUAGGUGUUCGUCUCUCUGCUUUGUCUAUAGACCAUCUGUGGUUUCAUGGCUUGUCUGUUGGCAUGCAUGCAUGAAAAAUUAGUCACAAAACAGGACAAAUGGGUUCGGAGCAGAGAAACUGUAGAACCUGCCACACUCCACCUAUAAGGGCUUCCACUGGGCUCCUCCAACAACCUGGACACAGGUCUAUGUUAUAUAUAUAUAUAUUUAUAAAUAUAUAUCUACACACACCAGAAAGUUUAUUUGGUGAUUUGCAAAUGUGGUACAGGCAGAGCACGUGUUACCUGCUCACAUGUCAGAGCUCUCCCUGAGUGUGUGUGGUAUUGGCUGGUUUAAACAUAAUCACAUAAACACUGGUUUAUCUUGUGUGCCUUGAGUAUUUUUACUCUGGGCUUGUUGCUUAAAUCAACCACACACCAUUCAGGGGAGCCCCCCGGCUGAAGCCUACAGAAAUAAAUGACAAACUCAAUGACAAACUCAGAUAUGCAAAUUAAAAUAAACUCAAAUAAAAUCAAUCCCCCAAACCCGAUCAGCCCAACACCUCCCCAGUGUGACCAGCCGACCCCCCCUCACCCUCAAUGGAGGCCAGGGGCCUGGGGCUGCUCCAUGCGGGCAGAGGAGUUGCUAUUGGCCGUUGCAUGGCGCUGUCUGGACGGGCUGGGUAAGGCUCACCAGCUGGGCCUCCGGGGUAGCUUUGUGUUUAACAGUUACCUUAUGGUCUUGUUAUCAGUUGCUAAUGGUGUUCAUGUUUACUUAUGUUGUUAAUGCUUACUAAUAUUGUUCAUGUUAACUAAGAAAAUGAUGUUCAUGUUAAUCAAGGUAUUAAUGAAUACAUUAAUAUGCUAUCUCUAUAAUAAUAAUUUGUAGGUGUUCAUUAUUAUUAUAAUAUUUUUUUAUUGCAUUAACUAAUGUUGUUAUACAUGAGCCAUGAACCUUAUUUUCGUCAAAAUGGAUAUCUUUCACAUUUCUGAGCAUAAAUGUAUUUUUUUCUUUCUUAAAGUAAGUCAAUAAUCAGACCUGAUUUUAUGUAUGUGGGUUUGUGUUUGUGUGUGUGCCCAGUGUUUGUUUGUGUCUGGUGGAUGUUGAGGGGCCAUUCAUUACAGUAAUACAUGGAAACUCAUUGGCAUGCACAGACACUCUCACUUACUUAAAGUAAUCCUUCUCAGAGAUUUAAAGGAAUCUCAAGUCUCCGUUUUGGAGGGUUGAGAAAUUAAAUUUGAUAAUAGAUUCUUAAAUAAACUUGGAGGAGGAACUUGCACAUAUGCCUUCACGAGUGCGUGCGUGCACAUAUGUGUGCAUGCGCGUGUAAGGGUCCAUUCAGUGAUCAUCAAAGGGAAUGACAGGAAAUUGAGACGGCCUCAGCCUUACUAAAGGUAUCUCCCCUAAUUCUUACAUCUGUAAACCUAGGGCCUGCCGGCAGCCGAGAAGUCAAUAUAUGCCAAGAAUGGGACUUCAUAUUUAUUUAUGUAUGUGUUAAUUAUUUAUGUACUUUAUCUUCUUAAGCACCAGGACAAAUAUUGAAUAUCUUAAAAACAAGUAUUCGACAAAACAAAGAAGUUCAAUAAAUGUUCUAUAGUGGGCUAUAUCCAUGUGCACUUCAAAUACUUACAGAGUUGACCCAAUUUCAUUUUCAGAAUGAUAUUCUGGAUCAGAGGGCUAGACCUAUUUGAUUAUCUUAUCAUCUCUUUACAAAGAACUAAUCGUGAGACUGUUUUUUUACAUCUUGUUCUGUUGACAUAGUGAGGUGGAUUGGAUUGUUGGAUUUGAGCACGCAUGCAUCGCUCGGUGAACCGAGCGAUGCAUGCAGGGGAUGUGUUUCACGACAGGGGUGCAUAGCAUACCACAGCACAGCACCGGCCCAUACAGCUAUACAGCUUUGUUUGACUCAAACUAAGUUUGAGUGUCUAUGUGAAUUUUCUGUUUACAUUUCAAAUAAAAGAAAAAAGAAUAACACAUUAAAAAAUAAAUGUUCUGUUUGCAUACAAAUGGGCAUGUCAUUUUCCUGUGGACUACAGUAUUGGACAGUAUUAACCAGUUAACAUUUACCGUUGAAAUCUGCUUGCAAUCAGUUCAGUGUGAUACACAUUUAAGAGAAUAUUCAUGACAUUUUUAGCCCAAGUGAUUGAGAACUCUAAUAUAGAGGUCAUCAAACAUCUAUUUGGUGGAUUAUAGUCUGUAUCUGACAUUUUUAUUCCAAUCUCCUUAAAACAGGGCAACACAGUCACUGUUUACAAAGCCUGUUCCACUUAUUCAAAGAAUCAACAGGUCAGCCAUGUGCAAUGUCGCAGAGUGAGCUGAUCGCAUCACUUAGCUUGCAUGAAUGACAGCCGAAAGCUUAUAUAUGUUUGACCUGCUAUGUUUCCUAAAAUACUGAUUGCCUCUGCAGAUAUCUGCAUAAAUUCCUUAAAAAGGGGGCUAUGAAAAUAUAUUAGUUUUUCUCAGUCGCUUUGGUACAUUUCUCAGAUCAGAAUUUAAAUUCUCUAAACUACUUGUUCAAUCUUCACAUCAUUGUGUGUCACUUGUUCCCAUCAAAAAAGCAGUUUCUCAUUUCUUUGAGCAAGUUGCAAAUGCUUUGGUACAUCCAUGCAAAUGAUUAUACAAUUCUCUGCUCUUUCCUAUCAUUUGCUUAUGUCAUGUUGAUAAAAAUGUAUUGUAAUUGGUCUCUAUUGAAUAGUCUCACCCCCACAACAUUUGGGUAUUAGUUCAUUGCAUAAGUCUUUACAUGCAAAAUGGUUGAACAAGUUGUCAUAAUAUGUCAAGCAUAUUUCUAUACAUUUCCAUUAGACAAUUUUAUUCUAAAUCUGUCAUGAAUUGGUAAAUUGCUCCAAGGUGAAUCUUUUCUUUCUCUAUAGUGUUACAUCAACCAACUAUCAACCAUUUUACUGAAUUAGCUCAAAGGUGCAUCUCAUGAAGAUAUUUGUGUAAUGUGGAUGAGAAUUUGUCGCCCAACCGACAGGAACGUCAGGAGGUGUAUGAAGAUUGCACUGUAAUUUCUACAGCACUGCAUGUACAGUUAAGCCUAAAGAGAUUGUACUAUGUUCACAUUUCAAAUUUUGCUCUUUUGUUUGUGAUAUGCAGUGAAAUCUUUUCCUUUCUGUAUCGCAAUGACAUGGUCUGUCAACAAAUUACAUUACAA